CGGGGGGUUUCUUCUCCAGCAGCCCUCAGUUGCGCACAGACAGACUCUGAUUGUCCUCUUUCAUCUUUAUUUUGGGGAAAUACUCUAGACGCUUCUUUUUUCAGCCUUUAUUUUUGAAAAGUAUUGUUAUUCUGGUGGUUUUCAGGACACACUUUUGAAUUUCUGAGAAUGCUGGAUCCACUGGCUGAGUUGAGAAGAACCGGAGGCUUCAGGCAGUGCGGUGGCCGGAUGUCCUGGCAGUUCCGCUGGAUGCUGUAUAGCGUUUGUAUAUUGACGGUGAUCAACUGUGCCGGCCUGGUUCUACUCCUGGUACAGCAGAGGGAUUUGUGGGCGCAGCUGAUUGAGGUGGAGAGGCAGAUGGUGGAGAUCUCUCAGAGCUCCGUGGUAGAGUUUAUGACGCAGGUGAAUGAAGAUGAAGCAGAGUAUCAAUACUCAAGGAACAAGCGACGCCGGCAGCACCGAGGGACGCGGCCCUUUGAGGAGCACGAGGGAAGCGUUGGAGAGGAAGUCCUGAGUGAUUUCCAGUACUCGUUUCAGCAGCCGCCUGGACCAGUUUACCAGCACAAAACCGAGGAAAAAGAUGGAAUGAUGAUGAUGAUGACAUACUCCAUGGUGCCAGUUAAAAUUUUGCUGGAUAUUUGCAACAGUACUAAAGGAGUCUGUCUGACUGGACCACCAGGACCACCAGGAAUUGCAGGUAUACCGGGUGUGGAUGGAAUGCCAGGCUAUAAUGGAACAGAUGGAAUUCCAGGGUUGCCAGGAGAGCCUGGAGCACAUGGAAAACGAGGAAAAAGAGGUCCUUCAGGUGAGAAGGGUGAGCCUGGAGAGAAAGGAGAGCCAGGAUAUCCUGGACCACCAGGACCACCUGGAGAACAGGGUGAACCUUCAAAUGAUGUUAUCAUAGAAGGUCCCCCUGGACCAAUGGGACCAUCGGGCCCCCCAGGUCCGCCUGGUCCUCCAGGACCUCCUGGGCCUCAGGGGCCACCGAGACACAGGAGCCACAGGGCACAUCUUCCUAUCGGGAAGGAGUCUGUGGACUGUGUUAUAAAGUCAGUGCAGAACCCCAGACAUCUGAUGAAGACGAGCAGCACGUUUGGAGCGUGGAUGAUGGACACUGCAGCUCAUGAUGAUGAGAAGAUCUGGGUAGCGGAACAUUUCUCAGGUCGCUUAAUAAAAGAGUACAACAGUAUCGCAGCCUUCCAGAACAGCAGCAGUGAAUCCAUUGAUGUCCGGAGGUUUUUCCAGGGUUGUGGACAUGCUGUCCAUAAUGGCUCCAUAUUCUACCACAUCGCUGGAACUUCCAAUAUUGCCAAGUUUGACCUUCAAACGAAGAUCUUACACGUGCUGAGCAUUGAGAACGCCCUCUAUCAUAAUCUGUCCUACUUACUCCAAAACUCAAAGACCUACUUCAAACUGGCAGCGGAUGAGAACGGCAUGUGGAUCGUAUUUGCCUCAAACAUUGACGACAGCCUCAUGGUCGCGCGACUGGACGAGAAAACCUUCUCCGUCAGCACCUACAUCAACACCACUUACCCCAGAACCAAAGCCGGCAGUGUGUUUAUCGCAUGCGGGAUCCUCUACGUCACAGAUACCAAAGACACCAAGGUGACGUAUGCCUUCGACCUCCUCAAGGAGAAGCCGGUUAGUGCCAGUCUGGAUCUCAGGGCUCCUGGAGGGGUUCUGUCCAUGAUUUCAUACAAUCCCAGAGACAAACAUCUCUACAUCUGGGACAGCAGCUACGUCAAGUCAUACCAAGUCCAGUUCCUUUCUGAUAGCAAUCAAGAAUCUGUCAAAUAACGGCGAUCAUUUGUGUUUAUUGUUGGUUACAGUCUCCAUUAAUUAACAAACAAACAAACUUAAGUUUCUUGAACGGUUACUCCACCCAAUUUUUCUUUUUUUAUUUACUCACCCUCAUGUCAUCCCAAAUUCUUUACAGAUUCAUUCGUCAACAGAAGACAAAUUAAGAUAUUGCAGGUGAAAUCUGAGAGCUCCCUCAUCCUCCAUAGACAGCAAGGUUGCUGAUUUGUUUAAAGUCAAGAAAGGUACCAAAAAACAUCCUCAAAACAGAUCAUACGGCCUUUAGUCGUUCAAUCUGAAUAUUUUCAAGCUACGACAGAGGUGGACAAACUCUUUAAACCAGAGGGUUAUAUCAAGUUUUGCAAACAUGUCUAAAACAUAAAUUAAGCAUUAGACGGUUAAAACGCUGCAUAAUUGUAAUAAUAUGACACGUCUUUCUCAGCAGGGUUAAGUUGGUUGUGUUUUCGAAAAAAAAAAAAAA